AUGACGAUGACGACCAUUACGGACAAUGAUAAAUACGUUUUGAAUGCCAUGUUUAAUCCAAACUAUCCUUUGGAUUUCGAUCAAAAAUCACCUGUAGAUGUACUAGACACCGAAAACGACCAAAAAGCGCUAGAAAUUAAACAAAUCGAGGAAGAAGGAGUACGAUUAGCUGAACAAAAUCGUUUGGACGAAGCCAUCGAACGUUUCAAUGAAGCUAUUGCACGAAACCCAAAUAGUCCAUCAGCUUACAAUAAUCGAGCUCAAGCAUACCAAUUACAGAAUAAAACUGAUGAUGCAAUGAAUGACUUGACUAAAGCAAUUGAUUUGUCAUCGAAUGUCCAACAUCACCAGAAAACUCGUUCGUUAGCAUUGACACAACGUGGAGUUCUUCAUCGCUUUUUGGGAAAUGAAAAAGAAUCGCUAGAUGAUUUCACUGAAGCUGCAGAACUUGGCUCAGCAUUUGCUAAACAGCAAGUUCUCUUGUCCAACCCUUAUGCUGCUGCAUGCAACCAAAUGCUCUCAAAAAUGUUGAAACAACUAUCGAAUCCAUCAUAA